GUGUCUUUAGAAAUAAACGUAAAAUUAAAUGUUAUUUCUUAGUUUGAUUGUCAAUAAGAUAUAAUAAGAAAUAGUUUAAAAUCUCAUGACAAGUUUAACUUACUAGGUCAUACAUGUUCCUAUUCUAUUAAAGAGAAUUAUUUUUAACGUUUCCUUUACUUUACAUACAUAAAAAAGUGAAGACAAGGUAAAUAAGGAACAAAAUAUAUAAUAGUUGAUUUAAAUAUUCGUCAUAUAAAGAUGAUGUUCAGAAACUACAAUGUAAUAAGUUAAAAUUAAGCAUUAAAACAAUUAUUAAUAAGACUAUUUAAAAUGUUAAGAGUGAUUGGGCAGUUUCUAGUUAAUUCGUGGUUUUUUUCACACAAACUUUCAGUUUAUUUCCAUGUAUUUAUGUUCAUAAAAGUGAUUGAUACAGUUUCAUGGAAUCUUUCGUCUACUACAGCUAUGAAAUACUUAUCAAGCUAUGGAUAUCUCCCACAGACAACUGUUGUGAGUGGUGGCAUCAUUUCCGAACAAGCAAUGUAUCAAGCUGUGGCAGCAUUCCAAUCAUUUUCUGGUCUUAACGUCACAGGUUUAAUUAAUAACGAAACAGCUUCACUGAUGCUGAUGCCAAGAUGUGGUGUGAAAGAUAAGUACAAUACUGGUUUAGAAAAUCGAUUGAAACGAUAUGCUCUUCAAGGAUCUAGAUGGCGUGUUAAAAAGCUCACCUACAAAAUAAGUCAGUAUCCACGAUUACUAGAAAAAACAUUAGUUGAUAAAGAAAUAGCAAACGCAUUUUCAGUAUGGUCUGACUACACAGAUUUGUCGUUUACAGCAAGAAAAACUGGUCAGGUUCACAUAGAAAUUCGAUUCGAAAGAGGUGAGCAUGGUGAUGGUGAUCCAUUCGAUGGACCAGGAGGUACUCUUGCGCAUGCAUACUUUCCUGUUUAUGGAGGUGAUGCUCAUUUUGAUGACUCAGAAAACUGGUCAAUUAAUAGCUUUCGUGGUACGAAUCUAUUCCAAGUAGCUGCACAUGAAUUUGGUCACUCUCUUGGUCUGAGCCACAGUGAUGUAAGAUCUUCUUUAAUGGCUCCAUUUUAUAGAGGUUAUAACCCUGAUUUUAUACUAGACAGUGAUGACAUAAAUGGAAUUCAAGCACUUUAUGGAUUAAGAAAAGAUUACGUUAGUACGGAAUCAAGCUUUCAUCAACUAUCAACAACUGUUUCAUAUUCAAGUGAAGAAGAUUUACUGAUUUGUAUUGACUCUAGAAUUGAUACACUUUUUAACUCAGCUGAAGGAUAUACUUACGUUUUUAAAGGUAAUUACUACUGGAAGCUGACUUCUAAUGGAAUAGAAACAGGAUACCCAAGACUUAUAAAAUCAUCAUGGAAGGCUUUACCAGGAAAUAUCGAUGCUGCAUUUACGUAUAAAAACAACAAAACCUAUUUU